CAGUUGCUGCCCACAUCCUUAACCAGCGGACGAGCUGCUCAAGGAUCAUCUGACAUUUUCGGGGAGUCCCGGAGAAUUUUUUUUAUUUUAAUAGUCAGAUAUCGAAAAGGGGGGCUCUCAAUCAUGGUGGUGGUCGCAACGGGGAGCGGUGGAGCCCACAAGGUGCUCCUGAUAUCCGGGAAGCAGGCGGGCUCCGGCGGCUCGCAGACGGCCUUCAGCCGGCCCAUCUCCGUCGUUCUCCCGUCCAGCCAAGUGUCGUCGGAUUCGGACUCAAACUCAUCUGUGGGGCAGCCGGUGCGGAAGCGGCAGAGGCUCACGCACUUGAGUCCAGAGGAGAAAGCCCUGCGCAGGAAACUCAAGAACAGAGUGGCGGCACAGACGGCCAGAGACAGAAAAAAGGCCAAAAUGGGGGAGCUGGAACAGCAAGUCCUGGAGCUGGAGCUGGAGAACAAGAAACUUCACAUCGAAAACCGGCUGCUCCGAGAAAAAACCAGCGGUUUGCUGACAGAAAAUGAGGAACUGAGACAGAGACUUGGGUUGGACACCCUCGAGUCAAAACCACAGGUCCAGACGCUGUCGUCCGGCGGGAGCGACGCAGGUUUGGGGACCGGGUCUUCUGAGUCCGCAGCACUCAGGCUACGUGUGUCCGCAGCAGGUGCAGGCCCAGCAGUCCCUAAAGCUGAAGACCUCUCAAUGGAUACAGAUAGUCCUUACUCUUCAGACACUGAGUCUGAUCUGCUGUUGGGCAUUCUGGACAUCCUUGACCCAGAGCUGUUUCUCAAGUCGUGCGAAGAGCCGUCCCAGGAGGAGCUGCUGGUCGGAGGGGGGGACCCAGUACCUGCCGCCGCACCUGCAGCUGUGGGGGCCCCAUCAGUUAAGCUGGAGACCCUUAAUGAACUGAUCCACUUUGACCACAUCUACACCAAGCCCGUGGAAGGGCUGAGUGGCGAGCAGUGUGGCGACCUGGAGAGCAGCAUAGAUGAGAAAACAGAUGAGGCGUCCUUCCUCGCCGAGGAGCAGCAGCAGGAGGUGGUGGUGGUUGUGUUGGAGGAGGAGGAGACGACGGUCUGCGUGAAGGACGAACCGGUGGAGGUGGUGAUCCCGGCCUGCCACGGUCAGGCGGGUGACCUCUUCUCCGGCUCCCCCUGCAAAGUCCUGGGUGCCCUGGAGAAGGAAGCCUGCCUGGGGGACACCUACAGCGACUCCGGAUACGAAGGGUCUCCCUCCCCGUUCAGCGACAUGUCGUCCCCGCUGUGCUCCGAAAGCUGGGAAGACAUGUUUGCUAACGAACUUUUCCCCCAGCUCAUCAGCGUCUGAAUCGGCCCCUCUGCCCACAAAGUUCUAACAAAGUUCCAGCACACUGUACAUACACAUCAGAGCUAAUGUGUAGCUUCAUGAAAACCAGAAAAAAACGCAUCUUUAAACUGCUUGGUGCCUAGAGAAUUCCUGAAAUGAGGGUCUUUAGCGUGACAGCAGGUCUGUACCAUCACCGACGCUGCAGCACCGUGUGGCAGAUGGACCCAAACUAUAUCACAGCAUCUAAGAUUGCCAGAAAAUCUUUCAUUCGCUGUUCGGAACCAAUUUUUGGGUGAAUUACAGUAUUUCUUUGUUUAGUAAGGGGGGGGGGGUACCCAAUGUUUAAAUAUUACAUUUAUUUAUUUGUGUAAUGCCUGGAGUCUGUACGCCUGUAAACAUCUGUUUUCUGAUCAUAACUGCUCUUCUGAUAGCAAAUUACUGCAUUAAAUCUUUUGCAUUGCAA